GUCGCCUGGUGGGUCUCCUCCUCGGUCGCGCCAUCGCCGCCUCUGCUUCCAGCUGGGCCGCCGCAAGCCGCCCGUCGCCGUUAUCAUCGUCUCCUGCCACCUCCUUCCAGAUCACCCGUCACUGUUGUCGUCUCCUUCAUUGCUGAUCGGGGGUCUGUGAAAUUCUGUGUUGCUAUUGGCUUUGUCAUUGCUUUGACACAUGAAUGAACUCAAGUAUAUUGUGGCCCUCCUUUAACUUGCAGAACCAUAUGGAUUCUCAGAGCCAAAACACUUCAUUGCAGAGGCUUCAAAAUGUGGAAAAGCGAAUAGUCAGGGUUUUGGAGCUGGCUGGAGGAGUUAUGGAUGAGCUCUCAACCCCUAGUGGUUCCAGGAAGGAUUUGGUUAACAAGCAAUGUGGCGAGUUCAUGCAGUUAAUCAAGGACAUUCAAGUGACGUUACGGGAGGAAAUUAAAAGUGCUUGUGAAUACCGGCCAUUCGAGAAGUGUGAUUACAGUUCAAGAAUAUCUAAUGAGAUCUGUUGCAAAAAGCUGGAAUACGUCAUCUCACAGUUAGAUCAGAUGAAACAAACCGCUGAUGAUUAUCAAGGUGCCGCUUGAAGACACUGUUGUAGUUGAAACAAGGAAGACCCUGAAGUCAGAAUGGGCACAAGAAAGCCUUUCCUUUUUCCAUUCUGGGUUGUGGUGUGAGAAGAAAAUGAUGAGAAAAUUGCGGUAAAGAUUUCCCAGAAAAUGAAAAAUAUAUGAGGCAAUUGAGGCCACUUUGAAACAUUUUAUUCAUUAAUGGAUCAUUUGUAAAAUAGCCUGGUUUAUGUUGUAAUUAGUUUUCCUUAAUUA